GGGCUGUGCGUCCCUGCGAGAUGGACGGGACAGAAGGUAAUGCCGGGCAGCCCGGCCCCGCUGAGCGGUCCCACCGAAGCAGCGUGUCCUCCGUGGGAGCCCGAGCAGCUGAUGUGUUGGUGUACCUGGCGGACGACUCAGUGGUGCCCCUGGCUGUGGAGAACCUGGCCUCUCUCGGUGCUCACGAGCUGCACCGUGCAGUCCGUGAGGUCCUGCAGCUCCCGGACAUUGCCCUGGAUGUCUUCGCGCUUUGGCUCGUCUCCCCUCUGUUGGAGGUACAGCUGAAGCCCAAGCAUCAGCCCUACAAGCUGGGCCGCCAGUGGCCGGAGCUGCUGCUGCGCUUCACUGAUGCCCCAGAUGACGACGUGGCCAUGGAUGAGCCUUCCCUGCAGUUCCGAAGGAACGUGUUCUUCCCAAAGCGGCGGGAGCUCCAGAUCCAUGACGAGGAGGUGCUGCGGCUGCUCUACGAGGAGGCCAAGGGCAACGUGCUGGCCGCACGGUACCCGUGCGAUGUGGAGGAUUGCGAGGCACUGGGAGCCCUGGUGUGCCGCGUGCAGCUUGGGCCCUACCAGCCCAGCCAGCCUGUGGCCCACACCCUCAGGGAGAAGCUGGACUCCUUCCUCCCUGCCCACCUCUGUAAGCGGGGCCACAGCUUCUUUGCUGCCCUCCGGGGCCGUGGGACCAAGGCUGGGACGGGUGAGCAGGGCCUGCUGGAUGCCUACCGCCAGGUGAAGGAAGCAGUCAGCAGCGACAGUGGGCAGGAGGCCACCCUGGGCACCCACUACCGCGCCUACCUACUCAAGUGCCAUGAGCUGCCCUUCUACGGGUGUGCCUUCUUCCACGGCGAGGUCGACAAGCCCACCCAGGGCUUUUUGCACCGGGGCGGGCGCAAGCCAGUGGUCGUGGCCAUCAGUCUGGAGGGCGUGCAUGUCAUUGACAGCAGGGAGAAGCAUGUCCUGCUGGGCCUGCGCUUCCAGGAGCUGUCGUGGGACCACACCUCCCCUGAGGAGGAGGAGCCCGUCCUGUGGCUGGAGUUUGAUGGGGACAGCGAGGGCACACCCAUCAACAGGCUGCUCAAGAUCUACUCCAAGCAGGCCGAGCUGAUGAGCAGCCUCAUUGAGUACUGCAUAGAGCUGAGCCAGGCCGCCGAGCCUGCGGCCCCCCAGGAGAGUGGCUCGGGGCACCCUGCAGCCCCUGGCUCCUUGCCACCGCCCACCCAGCGCCCGAAGCUGCGGAGGCAGGGCAGCGUGGUGUGCAGCCGCAUCCAGCAUCUCUCCACCAUCGACUACGUGGAGGACGGCAAGGGCAUCAAGCGGGUGAAACCCAAGCGCACCACAUCCUUCUUCAGCCGGCAGCUCUCCAUGGGCCAGGGGACCUACACUGUGGUACAGCCCACCGACAGCCUAGAGCAGGGCUGA